CUUUUUUCUUUUUCUUUCUUACACUCUCUCUCAAACAACAACAACAAAGAAUAUAUUUUCUCAUGUCUUAAAAAAAAAAAAGAUAAAAGAAGAGAGAAAUCUUCCGAUCGAUCGAUCGAUCCCAAUGGAAAAGAAAUUUGAAGAAGAAUCAAGGAUGGGGUUUGAUGAUUCCGCCGGGUUUUACUCUCCGGCGGUGUUUUCAGAUGACUUUCCGUCUUCUAAUUUUGAUUCUUUUUCCAGUAUUUUCGACAUGCCAUGUGAUGCCCAUAAAGCUUCUAAUUUUGAUUUUUAUUAUUACAAUAACAAUAAUAGUAACAGUAAUAAUAAUCCUUCUUCUUUCUUCGAUUUGCUUUCUACGGCGGCUCCCCCACUUUCUUCACCGGCUUCCACCGUGCCGGAAUCUUCCGAGGUUGUUAAUGCUCCAACCACUCCUAAUUCUUCCUCUGUUUCUUCUUCAUCCAAUGAAGCUGCCGCCAUUGAAGAAGUCAACAACAGUACUACGACUCAUGACAAGCCUUCUGCUUCUAAAGUGUUGAAGCCAAUAAAGAAGAACCAGAAGAAGCAAAGAGAACCCAGAUUUGCUUUCAUGACAAAGAGUGAUAUUGAUCAUCUCGACGAUGGUUACCGGUGGCGAAAGUACGGUCAAAAAGCUGUGAAGAAUAGCCCUUACCCCAGAAGCUAUUAUCGUUGUACAACGGCAGGGUGUGGUGUGAAGAAGAGAGUAGAGCGGUCGUCCGGCGACCAUACGAUAGUCGUUACAACGUACGAAGGCCAACACACUCACCAAAGUCCAAUAAUGCCUCGAGGGAGUCUCAGAGUUUUACCAGAAUCCACCAACAACAGCCUCACCGUCGAUCACGACACCACCGCCACCGGACUUUUAUUCCAACACAACACUUCCCAACCCUUCAUGUAUAUCGCUCCACCCCCGCCAUUUCUAACAAUCAACUCAUCGUCGGUGGCGGCCAGCCAUAAUCCUCCUCCUAUUUCAUUUCAGCCACCGUCGCCGCAAGCUUCCGUCCGAGACCAUGGGCUUUUACAGGACUUAGUGCCAUUGCAAAUGAGAAAGGAACCAAAAGAUGAGCAAAAUGGAUGAAGUAUUCGAAUUAAAUUCUCUCUUUUUGGUAAGUUUUUUAAUCAAGGAAUUCAAAAAUCAGCCAUUUCCCAUCUUUUUUUUUCUUCAGUAGAUUUUCUUCUCAUCCUCUCAUGAUUAUGAAACGCUUUUUGUUUACUCUCUUUAAGCGUUUUUAAGAUGGAUUAUAUUAGUAUAUUAGCUGUGUUUUAUAUUAAUGAGUUAUUAUAUAUAUAUAUAUUUGUAUAAACUAAUCUUAAUUUAGCAUAAAAACCAAGUUGUUUAUUAUGAGAUAACAUAUAUAGAUCAUAUCGUUUUAGCUCAAUAUUCUUUCA